AUGGGGCAUCGAGAUAUCACACCCGUUCAUGUGCCACUUCGAACAUCGAGUCGUAACCCGACCCGACACGACCCGAUGAACACCCAAGAACAGUCCCGGAUCGCAGAUCGGCGAGCCUCGAAAGCCCAAAGAUUUUUCGGAACAGAUAUAUCGCUCCCCAAGGAACAUGGCGGGUGGCAGGAAGCUCCAGAUGUAGAACGACCCGGCUUUAUUAAGCCAGCCAAUGGUGUUCCUAGGCAGAACAGCGGCUUUGUUCCGUUCCCGAGCUCUUCAGACAACGCCCUCAUCCCCGAUCAGAACCUUCGCGUACGGGCUUCAUCACCUCUAUUAGGCCAUGAUUACCGAUCGUUGGAGGCUGCGCCGCCGCUUCCGAAGCCGUCGAAAAAGGUUCAUCAUUCUGGUUCCUCGUCCACCCUUUUCUCCUAUUUCAGCUCGAAAGAAUCAACCAAAUCAGCCAAAAACCAAGGGUUACAGCCUAGAGUACGACAUGGACUCGGCAUUGAGCCACAAGUGACAUAUACACAGGCGCAGAAUCCACCAAAGGAAUCUAAGCGGAAGAUGCGCCCUCCAAAAAUUGAUCUUUCAGUUUUGUUCCCGAAGCCGCGGAAUCCCGGACCACAAACACUUCUGUCCCCCCAUCGAAUGGUCAACUCCCCCUCUCCUGUCUCGACAGUUGCCCCCGAUUCCUCUUCCAGCAAAUUCGACAGGAUCAGCGGUACGAGUAACUCUACGAGGAGAUACGUCGACGCACCUACCCGAACUUCGGCCCAAAACGUUCUACACCCACCGAAGCAUGUCGACAAUUCAGAUUUGCCUUCAAUUGCAGAGAGCAAAACUAGCGAGUGGUCCGAACAACCACUUGAGCGGACAGUAGGAACGAGUGAGAUCGAUUUGGCACUGGAUAGAUAUGCGGCCCGGCGAUCACUCUUGAGUCGCUCAAGCAUGUAUACAAACAGCCGCGAGCAUUUGCAGCCAGAACAACGCCCUGAGGAACCUCGAAAGAGCUCGAGACGUGUUCGCAGCCCCUCUCGACCCAAGGAGACGUACUUGACUCCGGACUCAUGUCCAGACCCAAUCCGUGGCCGCGGCGUGAGCACUUCUCAGGAAUCUUGGAAGACCAAUGAGUCAAAAUCAAAGAGCGAGAAGAGCUCGAUGACGAAGAAGAGCAGCAAAAGCACCCUGAAAAACAAAGAUCUACGAAACGUCAGUAUGCUUUGCCUUUCCUCUUCUUCAGAGGACGAGGGUGAUGAGGACCAAACCCCAAUCACCGAGUCAAAGCGCAAUACAAACAAGGCUAGAAGAGACAGCGUGGCUACCUACGGUGAAUACGAGCCCGAGGUCUACACAGCUUCUACUGCCCAGGCAACCGCCGCCACGGUAAGACGCAUUGAUCGAACACUCUCGACUAGCACCCGUGGCUCCCACCAAACCGAAAAGAGCCAACCAGUGCCAGUGCCGGUAGCUCGCCCACGAAAGGUCUCCGAGUCCUCGAAUAGCAAGUCUUCUCAGACAACUCGACGUACCACGCAAACUCGCCGUUCAAGCGGAGUUCCCACUAUCCCAGAUGACAUUCUUGCGCAGUUCCCACAGCAGCCUCUCCGCUCCCCAGCAGAGUUGAAAGAGUUGAACCGGAGGAGUCGUGUGAUUGCGGUGACCCGCCAAGAGCAAGAUCUCCUUGAGGCGAUGCGUAUUCGAAAGGGCAAGGUCACACCCAGUCUGUUCAAUGCUCACGGAGCGGAUAGAAGAUCACUGGCCUCUGGCCCAUCGCGCGAUUCCUUCUGCGGAUCCGACACCUCAUUCUUGCGCCUCAGCAAUGUUUUCCCCCCAUUCGACGGUCGGUCAGAAAAGAGUGUUACCCAAUACAAAGAUGGAUCACCCUCCCAAAGCUCUGGCUCGGAUAAUGAACGGAAACCUGGUACUGCCCUUUCUUCUUCUGGGUUCAGUGCAGACUACUCCGAGAGCUUGCCCUCCCCUUCCACUAGUGGUGCUUCACCGAUGACCCCGACUUUGCCAAUUCAUCGUUUUUCGCCGCUUCCUUCUCCGAAGCCACCCCCAAGAGGACCCCCGCCUGCCAUCCCCGAAGACCAGAAGCAGCACACCCGUCGUCGCACCGAUAGCAGCGAGGCUAUCCUGCUCGAUGGGGGCGAGUCAAAACGCAGCCACGAUCUUCCUCUCUGGUCUUUCGAUUUUGAUUGGAACAAAGAUCACACCAAUGUCGCUCCAGUGCACUGA